AUGGCUGCGACCGUUGCGCCUUCACAUGCGGGUGGCCUGCCAUCGUCAUCGGGCAUUUCUGCGCCGUCGCAUUCCGCAACCUCGCAUUCUCACUCACAAGACGUUUCGGGCACAUUAACACCCUCCACACCAAGCUCGUUACCACAGACUCGUAAGCUCAAUCUUCGAGACUUUAGACGAGUUCGUACACUAGGGACCGGAACCUUUGCCCGUGUCUGUCUUGUCCGUCCCGCCACAACCGCGCAUAUCCCCCUCGAUCACCAGCUCAACCCCGAAGUCUAUGCCCUCAAGAUCCUCCGAAAACCUGAAGUCAUUCGUCUCAAACAGGUCGAUCAUGUCCGCCACGAACGUGCUAUCCUUGCCGACGUUGCUGGCCACCCCUUCAUCACCAAUCUAAUCGCCUCCUUUUCCGACCAAGAUUCACUCUACAUGUUGCUCGACUACGUCCCCGGCGGAGAAUUAUUCACAUACCUGAGGAAGUUGCGUCGCUUUGAGGAGCCCGUCGCUCAGUUCUAUGCCGCUGAAAUUGUUCUCGUUCUGGAGUAUCUGCACGAACAGCAAGGUGGCAUCGCUUACCGAGACCUCAAGCCUGAGAACCUGCUUCUGGAUCAGGAGGGUCACAUUAAGCUUGUCGACUUUGGCUUUGCUAAGCGACUCGGUUACCAAGAAGACAACCGUCCCGUCGAGACAUAUACACUCUGUGGAACACCCGAGUACCUCGCCCCUGAGGUAAUCCAAAAUAAGGGUCACACUGGCGCAGUCGAUUGGUGGGCAUUGGGUAUCUUGAUAUAUGAAUUCUUGACGGGGUAUCCGCCAUUCUGGCACCAGAACCCCAUCGAGAUUUACAAACAAAUUCUAGAAAAGCCCGUUGUCUUUCCCCAAGAUCCCCCUUUAUCAGAGGAGGCCAAGGACAUAAUUCGGUCCUUUUGUACAGUCGAUCGUUCUCGGCGCCUGGGUAACAUCAGUGGCGGUGCGGCUCGAGUGAAAUCUCACCCCUUCUUCCAUGAUACCAAUUGGGAUGACACAUUCAACCGCCGACACAGGGGUCCAAUCCAGCCCCCAAUACGAUACCCGGGCGAUGCACAAUGUUUUGAUGUCUAUCCCGAGGACGACGGUUCCCGUGAGCCAUAUGGUCGCGAUAUGGCGGAGAAAUACGACCCCUACUUCGCCGAUUUCUAA